GGCAGUGCCGCUACCUGUCCUCCCUCUCUGCCAUUAGUUUGAAGAGACCAUUUUAUCUCAAAAUGACCAGACCACCCUUCCCACACGUUCACUUCACGAUGUAAAUUGUUUCUAAACAAUGGGUCCACAGGGAUCCCUAAUGGAAAUAUACUGAAAUUUUGGGGGCUAGAAAUGUAGUUUUACAAUAAUUUAAUAAAUUUUCCUAGGAUUGGUGCCCCCUUCGUUGGGAAUAUGUUUGUUUGGAUAGAAACUUUCUCCGGAUAGCUGAGAAUGGCGGUCGCAGCAGUUAGGCCCCUUCACAAUGUCUCCUCCAUUUCUCUAUCCUCUGCAGCAUUCUUCAAAAACCGGCCAUUGAGGAUUUGCAGCUUUGCUUCAGUUCGCGACCUCAGAAGUGAUUCGAAUCGUUUCAGGGUCAGAGCAAUCAAGGAGAAAAUAGAGGAAGUCAAGACCCCUUCGCCCUCUUCUUCAACAUCUUCUGCUUCGGCAGAGGAAAUUACGGAGAAAUAUGGCCUCGAAGCUGGUAUCUGGAAGAUAUUUACCUCAAAAGAAGAUAAAAAUGAAGAAGGCAAACAAGAGAAGUCAAAGGGAGAUCAAGCCAAAGAGCUGCUAGCAAAAUAUGGAGGAGCAUACCUGGCCACUUCAAUUACCCUCUCACUGAUCUCCUUCUCUCUCUGUUAUGCCCUGAUUAGCGCUGGCAUUGAUGUCCAAACUCUGUUACAAAAGGUAGGAAUCUCCGCAGACGAGACUGGGGAGAAAGUAGGCACAUUUGCCCUGGCAUAUGCUGCCCAUAAGGCUGCAUCCCCGAUAAGGUUUCCUCCGACCGUAGCUCUCACUCCCGUUGUUGCUAGUUGGAUUGGAAAGAAAGUAGAAAAGGAUAAGUGACUUUUUGCUACCAAGUUCCACUUCAUUUGUAAUACUUAUAGUAUGUUAAUUACUUCUCUUUUCAAAUGCAAAUGAGCUUUUAUGGUAA